CAUGCGUUUUUGUGAGGAAUCAGCAUCCUCUGGGUGCAGCAGCAGCAGCAGCAGCAGCAGCAGCAGCCCCUCCCCUCUGCAGCCUCUCCAGCAGUAUGCCCGACAUGCAGACGGAAGCAGGCGCUACCAUUUUGAAAUACAGCACCGCCUAGCGCCAUGGACAAGAGCCACACAGUGAAGCUCUUCGUGGGCAACCUGGCGUUGGACACCACCCAGGAGGAGCUGUCAGCCAUCUUCGAACCCUACGGCCAGGUGGUCAGCUGCAGUGUGCUGCGACAGUUUGCCUUUGUCCACUUGCAGGGUGAGGGUGCCGCCGAGCGCGCCAUCCGGGAGCUCAAUGGGCGGGAGUUUCGUGGACGGAAUUUGGUGGUGGAGGAGUCGAGGGGAAGGCCGUUGCACUCCACCAAGGUGUUUGUGGGUAAUCUGAGUGGGAUGUGUACCACUGAAGACCUCCAGCAGCUGUUCCAGACAUUUGGAAAAGUUCUUGAGUGUGACAAAGUCAAAGCCAGGCAUUCCUCUUCCGCAGGCUAUGCCUUUGUCCACAUGGAAAACAAGGAAGAUGCUCUCCAGGCCAUCGAGGCCCUGCAUGGCACCUCGUUUAAGGGCCGUCCCCUGUCUGUAGAGCUGUCCAAGGUCCAGCCCAGCAAGCAGGCACCUACAGGAAAAAUCCCCUGCGUUAACUGUGGAAAGCAGGGCCACUAUGCUGGAGAAUGCCCUGUGGGGAAGCCUUCUCUGGAGCAAUACCAGAGUCAGGCAGCGGUCUUAGCCGCUGCUGCUGCUGCAGCCGCAGGCCUGCCACUACAAGUCCAACAAAGCGUGCACAAUUCAGUCUACAACACCUCCACCUUUGAUCCCACAUAUGCGGCUCUCACUGGGAUCACCACAGGCACACGCACGGAUGGAAAUCCAGUGAAUCCAGCUGUUUAUGGUGCCCUUGCCAGCCAGGUGUAUGGUGCCAAUGUUGCCAAUCAGCUUUAUGGAUCGGUGGCCAAUCAGGCAGCUCUUACAUCAGGCGCCGCCCAAAUGUACAGCUCGAUGACCCCCAACAUUUACGGCCAGAUGGCUGCAUCUCCGGCGGCUGCUGCUGCGGCUGCCGCCGCCGCUGCCUACUCUACUCCAGUGUACACACCAACUAUGGCCAACACCCCUGUCUAUCUGACUGCUGCUCAUGGAAUAGAAAUGCCAACAGCAGCGGCUGCAGUCAACCCCGCCUACACUGUAUCUCCAGCAAUUUAUGGUGCUGCUUCACCAGCCUACGCUCAUAUAAGCGCCAUGGGAGCAGCAGACCCUACGACAGCCAUCUUUGAGGCAGCCAGACAGGCACAUUACUUUGCCCAGGGCCAGCAGGUUGUGGCCGAGCAGCAAUCAGUGGCUGCAGCAGCAGCGGCAGCAGCAGCUGUGGCAAAGUCUGGUGAGAGAGACCGCAGUCCCCUACGGAGGUCGUUGUUACCAGACCCUGUGAUGAAGCCGUUCAUGUACCAGAGAGCCAAGCCACGCCGACCCCUGCUGCCCACGCCAGCUGGCCGAGCGGCAGAAGAAGCAGCGGAGGCUGCAGAGGACCCCAUGGCCAGGUAUUAUGCGGAGUACUACCAGCAGCUGCAGCAGUACCCCCAGUUCCAGUACGCUUACCCACCGCCGAACGCAGUGACAGCUAUCCCUGGCAUGCCGGGAGUGUCAGCAGUCCAAGCUGUACCCACGAUGUCCGCCCAGCCAGUUGCCACGCUGGAUGCCCUCAGGCCAGUGGUCCCCACAGCUGCGGCAGUGGCAGCCGCCAUGGCUGCGCCCAGGGUGUAUGAGCCGCCGUUGCCGCCGCCCACGCGCAAGGAGGCCAUCCUCCGCCGCCCCGAACUCUCCCUUCACACGCCUGAGCCCCCCUUCCGAUAGUCGCACACAACUCUCUGCCCCCACCCCUUCCUCUUUGCCCUGAACCCCAUCCCCUCUUCCACCCCAAACUUGACCACCUUACAGCAGCUGUAUGUGUGUGUAUGUGAGUUUGUGUGCGUCUGGGGGCUCUAGGUGUGUGUGGGGGGGGGGGGUUUGACACUGGGGGCUCCUUGGUUUAUUAACCUGCUUUACGAGGGACUUGAUCAGCUAACCUUGGUCCUGUUUGCAUACACACAGUGCAGCCACGAAAGGGAGGCUCUCAUCUGUUGUACGGGCAUUUUUUGUGCUUUUCAGUUUUACUUUUUUAUCGUGCCAGUCUCACACUUGUGCCAGUAUUAGACUGAUCCAGUCAGUUGUUUCAUAUGCCUUUAUUUCUGCAACCCAGUUAUGAUUUUCUAAGGCCAAAUCUACGAUAAAAGACAUCAGCCAUCCUCCUUAGGCCUAGAUGAUCAGUUAGGGCAGCUAAUUUGAAACCUUUUUUGCCUUAUGUUGAAGAGUUUAGAUUUAUAAUCAGAUGGGAAGUCAGAUAAACACAUAUUGUGUACUGGCUGCAUUGCAUCGUUCCCAACAGAACCAAGGUUGAUGUGUUUUGGGGGAGUGUUUGUCUUGAAUGUGAUGUGGAUGUAGUAUGUGUAUACGAGUGCAAGAGAGAGAUAUGUGCGGGCUCCUGACCUUGCAGCGCACAAAUGCAGCAGCUAAGACUGCGCCUUGCAGAAAAAAAAAAGUAAAGCACACAUAAUACGUACUGUAUUGUAUGUUUGGAUCUCUCCUUGACCCCUUUUUCCCCCACCUGUACUCUAACUACAACACUGGAAGACACUGCUCCGCCUCUCUUUCUCUUUCUAACUACAGCUGCCUACCUCUGACAGUAAAUUUCAGUGUAGAGUCUAUUAUAUUAUAUUCCACACCUUUCACCCAGUCAGCAGUACAUUUCGUGCUCCUGUAAAGGUACAGGCUCAGCAGUUUAGGGAGGGAGGAGCCGGAUUUCAGUGGCAGUGACUUUUGUAGAUAUUCUGUAUUAAGUCCUCCUACAUGUUCAGAGGCCUUUUUUUUAAGAAUGGUUUGUGUUUUGUUUGUUUUAGUGUUAGUUUAUAUGUAAUACAAGUCAACCUGGGGUGUAAUGAAUUGUAAAUGGAAAAAAUAACCCAUGUGUGACUACUGAAUGAGCUGUUUACAAAGGAUUUUUACACUGCAUCCUAUUAGGAUUUAUGAUAUGUGACAAGCUCAAUUAUGUGCCUAUAAGCUUUGAGUGAAGUGCAUUACGUGGAGGGAUCUCCUAUUUUAAGUGCUUUUGACUUUUUAAUCAUUUCAAGGGAGGGGGGUUGGGGGGGGUAACGGGAGCCCUACAGAGCUUAGUAUCCAGAAGGGAGCUUUCUCAUGGACACUCCUGUGUUAGAUUUGUUUCAUAUCAUAUGGUUUUUAAAGAGCCACAAACUGAGCCUCACAGGUUCACAAUUAGCCGCUGGUUUUAAGCAGGAACGACAGUGAUAGCACCAAUGAAGUGAGAGAUAGGGCAGUGUCUUCCAGUUGCCCCAGCUAUCCUACUUUUUCCAACUACCAGACCUGCUUCAGAUUGUAAUUGCAAAGAUAUUUUAGUGUCUGUUUUAAUCUGGUUUUUGGACCUAGUAGGUGGGGUUUGCUGCAUCAGGAUAACAAAAGCUUGACUUGCAAGUACAGGCACUUUUUGACAUUCAUGAGCUUGUCCUGAGUGGGAAAUUCCACACAUUUGGUCCCGCAAUCAAUUAAAACAAUCACAACACAGUUUUUUUUUUUUUUUUUUUUUUUGCAAACACUAUUUGAUAGCGGUCUGAUGCACACACAGACAUACCCUCUGAAAUCACCUUACUGCCUCGCUGUUUCCCCCCUUCCCUCUCCCCGUGUGGUUUUUAGUGGUUAAGUGACUUUUGCAUCUCACAGUGUAAUCUUUCUGUGUUGUAUAUACAAACACAUACCAGUUGCAUCCUUUGUAGAAUUAUGUGGUUUGCGAAAUGUCUUGUUUGCCAUGUUUGAGACCGUAUUUUUUAGAGAAGUAUUUUAAUUUUGCCUUUUUUUUUUUAAGAAAAGACCAAAAAAAAAAGUUAAAAAAAAAAAUCAGCAUGCUUUUUAUUGAGAAUAUGUACACUAUAAUCAUUAUUAUAAUAAAGAAUGUUUGGCUGACUACUGUGGUAAAAGAAAGCAAAGGGUUUGGACAUUUCCCCUUCUUGUUUAUGUUCUUCUCCACUAUCUGUUUCUCUUGUGUAAAAUGACCACCAGACCCAUUUGACUGGGGACCCAGGGGGAGACAGGUGUAGAUGCUGGCCCAGCUUUGCUCUCUUUGGUCAGGGUAAGUGCGGGUUGGUGCUCCUUUCUCUCUCCAGCCUCUCAAAGUGGGUGCAAAUCAAAAUUCAUGAAGGUUUGCAUCUGACCAAAUGCACUUCAGUAUUUAAUUCUGGCAAGAAAGGCUUGGUAUUGUCCUUUUUUUUUUUUUUUUAUUAAAUUGAUUUUCCAGCAGAAAGGACAUUAUAUAAUACACACUGUGAAAUCAUGUUGAGAGCUGGGGAGAGGCACACAGAUAGAAUGGCCUGGGUGCAUUUUGAUCUGUGGAGCAGUCCUGUUCCUGGGGUUGAUGGGUGUGCGUCUGGUCUGGUCUGGUCUGGUCUUUCCCUGCUGCACCAAAUUCUUCCCCUCCGUGUGUCUCUGUGUCCACUCUACUCUCAGACCUGCAUGUGUGAUAACCUGUAACUCUGCCGCAAGAAAAAAAAAAAAAACCCCGCGACAGUCCAGCUCUGAACUAACUAUCUCAACUGAAUUAGGUCACCAUGCCACCUGGAACGGCCAGCGUGCAGCCGUGCGUGAGCGUGGCGGCGUGAGCCAUGGGGAGGACUUUUUGCGCGACGCCACCGCAGUGGGAACUUGUUCUCUCUCUCUUCACCACCAAGGUAAAUGAAAAACGAAACAAAAACAAAAGCACUGACCUACCUUCUCCCCACCUGCCGCCCCUCCUUUUGACUGUGCCUUGACCAAACACUACCCGACCCCCCCCCCCCACCACCACCUUCCUCUCCUCCGCCAUCACCACCUCCCCUUCUCCCCACUCCGUAACUCCUCUGCUGCAGUGGCAGUGCCAUCGGUGGGGGUGGCGGGUGGGGUGGGGUGGGGCUAGGACCCCCUCCACAAGACUGAGUCCUGUCUCGCAUCAGCAUACAAGACUGUGCCCUCUGUCCCGCUGGUGUCUGAACUAGUGAAUACUAGGGAAGUGUGAUAGAGUGUGUGUGUGUGUGUGUGUGUGUGAGAGAGAGUGCGUGUGUGUGUGUGUGUGUGAGAGAGAGAGUGCGUGUGCGUGUGUGUGCUUGUUAAACAGAAGGAGAGCAUGGAUGUGUGAAGAACUCUGGGUGGUGUUUAAUUGAUUGGUGAAGCUUGGCACAUGUGGACACACCCUUCCCCUUCCCCUGCCCGCUGGUCAACUCCUCCACCGCCGUAUUCGCCGCCCUCACCCACCCUUCCCUGCCUCCCUCCCUCCCUUCCUUCCACACCUCCCUCUUCCCACCUCCUCCUCACCCCCAUCCUACUGUCCCUAUGCGCCUCUCCUCUCCGCCGUUCACACACACACAGCGCUUUUUCCGCCGCCACCGCCGUCGCCACCUUGGAUCUGGGUUCGUGGCUCUGGCUCGGACUCAACUUCCCAGAACCACCCACCUGACCCAACCUCCCCACCCUCCUUUGUUACCAUAGAGGCCUGGGCGUGCCAAUGGACAGUGUUUGUGUGGUGGCCCGCCGCCGGACUCAGUAACAUGACACAGAGAGACUUCAAUGUUGGACAAGUCGCUUUGCUAAAACUGUUGAAUGCUGGGUUUGCUCCACAUGGCUGUGGAAGGGAUCGUAACUCCUGUUUCCCAAAAGAACUUAGCUCCAUUACAUCCUUAAGUGAUAAAUCAACCUCAAACUAUGGAACCUCAAACAAUUUUCGUACCUUUGGGUCCCUCACAGCCUGUGUGCCAAUCAGAAACAUCCUAUAAGAUAGGCCUAGGUAUGAGGCCAGUCUGACCUGUAGAUUCUCAUCAAUCUCAGGGUUCCUAUAGGACUUUUCUGGUACGGCAGCUCUCUUUCUCUAAUACUGGGAUCAGCUGGAAUGGCUGGAUAUGUGCUCUGAGUGACUUGUAUGUGUUCCUACCUGUUAAGAUUGUCCAUGUGCUGAGAUGGAGAGCUUAAGCGUCACACACACUCAAACACACACGCACACGAUCCCACACUCAUAGGCUUUUAGUAUGUCAAACGAGUUGUCUGGCAUUUGCUCCGACAGCUGCGAGAUGGAGUCGAGACAAAGAGGGCGUUGCCUUCUGUCUGCCUAACAAACAAUGGAAAUGGAAGAAGAAGGAGAGGGAUGAAUAGAUGAGUUAAUUAUAAGGUGAGUUGGUAGUGGAAGGAUCCUUUUGUUCAAGGCUACCCCCUAACCUCACCUUCCUGAUCUUGGAGGACCCUUUUAUUAAUUGCCAUCGUAGAAAUACUAGCCCAGAAUCUUAUUCUAAAAAGGACCCUGUUUGCACGGAGGUGUCACUCAUUUACUUAUGCUCCCAAGAUAGUAGAAAAUGUAAUUACUGUACAUGUAGUCAGGAAAAGAACAAGCUGAUCAAAGCCUGACACUCUUCCCCGCCUCCAUGAUCAGGGUGCGUGGUGCUCCAGUGUUUUUUUUUUCUCUCCCACCAGCCACCUCAUCCUCCCCACUCUCCCAGCUCCUCACUAAAGGCUUCUUCCGGUGCUUGCGAGUCUGGGCUUCCUGUGCUUGGGUGAAUGCAGCCACGCAUCUUUAAACCCCCCCCUUGCUCUGAAUUCACAGUCGCACCAUACUGACAGCCAAAGCUCGUUGCAGCCUCCUCCUUACUUCCACUUCCUCACCCACUCCCCUCCCCCCCCGCCUUCUGUGCUGUGUUUGGACAGCUGAAGAACUGUAAUCCAGAUGCUCUUUGUGCGCACAUCUCUGUAUUUUUGUUGUUUUUGAUGGGAUCCCACAGGUUGCAUCUGUUCUCCUGCAGCAGGUACGAGCUGAGACGUGCAAGUGUGUGCCCAUCUGGAACACACCCCAGUUUGGUUUGAGCACAACCCAUAGACCAUAAUGCCUUUGAGUUUGCAGUAAUGAGAUUCAGUAACCAAUGUGACCAUGACUAUUCUAGCUCUUCUAGCACAAAUGUGAAUUACAUAUAUCAGACUCUAAUGCUGCUCAUCCUUUCUUGAGAUAAAGACGUUAGCGGUGGAGUCAUACCUCAGCCAUUACCUCGUGGACACGACAUAAACACCUGCAGAAUGUAAUGCAGUUCAAUACAAAAUGUAUUAAGAAGCUCAAUUUAUUUCUGUUGAGAUUUUGUAUAAGCGUUGGCGGUGGUGUAUUAGCUUGCAUUACAUCGUAAAGUGUUCAUGUUAUUUUGUCCAUCCCUUCUCUGUCUUAUGUUUAGUAGCCAUCAGAGGCCAACUCUGUCUUUUCCCGUGGUCCAACUUAAUUGUAAAACUCACAUAGUUGGAUUAUGUUUACCAUCCAAUCCAAUUCCCCCAGCUCAGUAGUAGCACAGUAACAUACCUAAUGGUAACCACAAAUAGUCACACAGUAGCUAAACCUCCUCAAGUAGGUUAAUGGACCAAGCUGUGUGUAGUUACAUUUAAUGUCUGAUUAAUUAUAAUAUAAAUCAUUCUAAAUUCCAAAGACACAUCAAGGGUGACUGAAUAAUGUGUCACCUCGAGAGGAUAGAAAUCUGGAUCUGCUCAUUUCUAGGAAAUUUGUUCCAGCACAAAGUCAAACAGGAUUUGGGUGGGGGGGGGGGUUAGUUGAUGAAUGUUAGAUGAAAUCUUUGCAUCAAUAUGUUUACUGUGAAUGACGAAUCCUGAUAUAAACAUGAAUUAUAUUGUAAGGUUGUGUAUGCAUAUAUAUGCCUUUUAAUCUGUAUUUCUUAAAACGUUCUGAGGCAUUUUCAGUCUGCAUGCAAAUCAUGAAUAAAUUCUUGUUUUUCUCAUAAAA